GGCGAGCAGCAGCGGCAGCAGCAGCGUGGAGAUGUCGGACCCGGCAGCGCAGGCCUUACAGCCCCGGCUGCUCCAGACCCAGCCUGCGGGGUCCAGCACCGCCGCCACAGGUUCCGGGACGGGCACCAGUGACCCGGCCAGGCCGGGACUCAGCCAGCAACAGCGUGCGAGCCAGAAGAAAGCCCAGGUCCGAGCUUUCCCACGGGCGAAGAAGCUGGAGAAACUUGGCGUCUUCUCCGCAUGCAAGGCCAGUGAUACGUGCAAAUGCAAUGGAUGGAAAAACCCAAACCCUCCAUCAGCUACACGUAUGGAUCUGCAGCAGCAGGCAGCCAGCCUGAGUGAACCGUGCCGCAGCUGUGGACAUGCUCUGGCUGAUCAUGUCUCCCAUCUGGAGAACGUGUCUGAGGAUGAGAUUAACCGGCUGCUGGGGAUGGUGGUUGAUGUGGAGAACCUGUUCAUGUCUGUGCAUAAAGAGGAGGACACCGACACCAAGCAGGUCUACUUCUACCUGUUCAAGUUGCUGAGGAAGUGCAUCCUGCAGAUGAGCCAGCCUGUCGUGGAGGGCUCCCUUGGAAGCCCCCCCUUUGAGAAGCCCAACAUUGAGCAGGGGGUUUUGAACUUUGUUCAGUAUAAGUUCAGCCAUCUGGCGCCGAAGGAGAGGCAGACCAUGUUCGAGCUGUCCAAGAUGUUCCUCUUGUGCCUAAAUUACUGGAAGCUCGAGACGCCAACGCAAUAUCGACAGCGGACUCAGAAAGAUGACGGGACGGCUUACAAAGUGGACUACACCAGAUGGCUGUGCUACUGCCACGUCCCUCAGAGUAACGACAGCUUACCGCGCUACGAAACCACUCAGGUGUUCGGCCGCAACUUGCUCAAGUCCAUCUUCACCGUCACCCGCCGCCAGCUGCUGGAGAAGUUCAGGGUGGAGAAAGACAAACUGCUCCCGGAGAAACGCACACUCAUCCUCACACACUUCCCCAAGUUUUUGUCCAUGCUGGAGGAGGAAAUCUACGGCGAGAAUUCCCCCAUAUGGGAGGCGGACUUCACCAUGCCUGCGUCGGACGGCACACAGCUGGGGCAUCAGACAGUGAUCAGUCCGGCCUCGGUCUCCGGCUCUCCGGCUCUGUCGAAGUGUCUGAGCAGCAGCUCCUCUCUGGCCAGCGUGGACGCUGGAGGCGUGGAGCCCAUCACAGGGGAGAAGAGGAAGCUUCCAGAAGCCGUGACGCUGGAGGACGCCAAGCGGAUCCGCGUGAUGGGAGACAUCCCCAUGGAGCUGGUCAACGAGGUGAUGAUGACCAUCACCGAUCCUGCUGCCAUGCUCGGACCGGAGACCAAUCUGCUGACGCCGAACGCCGCCCGUGACGAGACCGCCCGGCUGGAGGAGCGGCGAGGCAUCAUCGAGUUCCACGUCAUCGGGAACUCGCUCUCCCAGAAGUCCAACAAGAAGAUCCUGAUGUGGCUGGUGGGCCUGCAGAACGUCUUCUCCCACCAGUUACCUCGCAUGCCCAAAGAGUACAUCACCCGGCUGGUGUUCGACCCGAAGCACAAAACCCUGGCCCUCAUCAAAGAUGGCCGUGUCAUUGGAGGCAUCUGUUUUAGGAUGUUUCCCACUCAGGGCUUCACGGAGAUCGUCUUCUGCGCCGUCACGUCCAACGAGCAGGUUAAGGGCUACGGAACCCACCUGAUGAACCACUUGAAGGAGUACCACAUCAAACACAACAUCCUCUAUUUCCUCACCUACGCUGACGAGUACGCCAUCGGCUACUUCAAGAAGCAGGGCUUUUCCAAAGACAUCAAAGUGCCCAAGAGUCGAUACCUGGGAUACAUCAAAGACUACGAGGGAGCGACGCUGAUGGAGUGCGAGCUGAACCCGCGGAUCCCGUACACCGAGCUGUCGCACAUCAUCAAGAGACAGAAGGAGAUCAUCAAGAAGCUGAUCGAGAGGAAGCAAAGCCAGAUCAGGAAGGUUUACCCCGGCCUCACCUGCUUCAAGGAGGGCGUGCGGCAGAUCCCGGUGGAGAGCAUCCCCGGCAUCCGGGAGACCGGCUGGAAGCCCAGCAGCAAGGACAAAGGGAAGGAGGUGAAGGACCCCGACGUUCUCUACAACAUGCUGAAGAACCUGCUGGCCCAGAUCAAGACUCACCCCGACGCCUGGCCUUUCAUGGAGCCGGUGAAGAAAUCCGAAGCUCCAGACUAUUACGAGAUCAUUCGCUUUCCCAUCGACCUGAAGACCAUGACGGAGAGGCUCAAGAACAGAUACUACGUGACCAAGAAGCUCUUCAUCGCCGACCUGCAGCGAAUCAUCACCAACUGCCGCGAGUACAACCCCCCCGACAGCGAGUACUGCAAGUGUGCCAACACCCUGGAGAAGUUCUUCUACUUCAAGCUGAAAGACGGAGGCCUGAUCGAGAAGUGAGCGAGAGCGAGAGGAGCCGCUUUCUCAGCUGCCAAACACUAACAAAAAAAAGCUAAGUUAAAAAAAAAAAAAAAUCAGGAAGAGAAGGUUUCCCUUCAAGUGAUUGAAAUAAUUAAAAAAAUAAUAAUG